AUGGCAGCCUGGAUUGUCCUUUACGUGCUGACAGGGGAGACUGUCCGUCUGCCGCCCCGUCCUGGUCAGGACCCGUUCUGUUCGGCAGGUACAGCGGCUCUGAGAGUCUCACAGUUUUUCAGAGCUGCCCAGAAGUUAAAUCUGUCUUCUAAAAAGAAGAAACAUCGGCCUUCCACUUCUUCCGCUGCCGAACCACCGCUCUUUGCCACCAGUUUCAGUGGGAUUCUGCAGACUUCCCCUCCCCCAGCCCCACCCUGUCUGCUGAGGGCUGUCAACAAGGUGAAGGAUACCCCGGGGCUGGGCAAGGUGAAAGUCAUGCUUCGCAUCUGUUCCACCUUGGCUCGAGAUACCUCAGAAUCCAGCUCUUUCUUAAAGGUGGACCCACGGAAGAAGCAGAUCACCUUGUACGAUCCCCUGACUUGUGGAGGUCAAAAUGCCUUCCAAAAGAGAGGCAACCAGGUUCCUCCAAAGAUGUUUGCCUUCGAUGCAGUUUUUCCCCAAGACGCCUCCCAGGCUGAAGUGUGUGCAGGCACCGUGGCAGAGGUGAUCCAGUCUGUGGUCAACGGGGCAGAUGGCUGCGUGUUCUGUUUCGGCCACGCCAAGCUGGGAAAAUCCUACACCAUGAUCGGAAAGGACGAUUCCAUGCAGAACCUGGGCAUCAUUCCCUGUGCCAUCUCUUGGCUCUUCAAGCUCAUAAAUGAACGCAAGGAAAAGACCGGCGCCCGUUUCUCAGUCCGGGUUUCGGCCGUGGAGGUGUGGGGGAAGGAAGAGAACCUGCGGGACCUGCUGUCGGAGGUGGCCACGGGCAGCCUGCAGGACGGCCAGUCCCCAGGCGUGUACCUCUGUGAGGACCCCAUCUGCGGCACGCAGUUGCAGAACCAGAGUGAGCUGCGGGCCCCCACCGCAGAGAAGGCUGCCUUUUUCCUGGAUGCCGCCAUUGCCUCCCGCAGGAGCCACCAACAGGACUGUGAUGAGGACGACCACCGCAACUCACACGUGUUCUUCACACUGCACAUCUACCAGUACCGGAUGGAGAAGAGCGGGAAAGGGGGAAUGUCUGGAGGUCGCAGCCGCCUGCAUCUCAUUGAUCUCGGCAGCUGUGUGAAAGCUCUGAGCAAAAACCGAGAAGGAGGCUCGGGACUAUGCCUCUCGCUGUCUGCUCUGGGCAAUGUCAUCCUGGCUCUCGUCAAUGGCAGCAAACACAUUCCAUACAAAGAGAGCAAGCUCGCCAUGUUGCUGCGGGAAUCUCUGGGGAACGUGAACUGCCGUACCACCAUGAUCGCACACAUCUCGGCCGCGGCCGGGAGCUACGCAGAGACCCUGUCCACCAUCCAGAUUGCAUCGAGAGUCUUGAGGAUGAAGAAGAAGAAGACGAAGUACACAUCCAGCUCCUCCGGCGGGGAGAGCUCCUGUGAAGAAGGCCGCAUGCGCAGGCCCACCCAGCUGAGACCCUUCCACACCAGGGCCACGGUGGACCCCGACUUCCCCAUUGCUCACCUGUCCAGCGACCCUGACUACUCCUCCAGCAGCGAGCAGUCCUGCGACACUGUCAUCUACAUCGGGCCCAACGGCACGGCCCUCUCUGACAAGGAGCUCACCGACAACGAGGGCCCCCCGGACUUUGUCCCUAUUGUGCCAGCCCUGCAGAAGACCCGGGGCGACAGCCGGCCUGCAGAGGGAGGAGAGACUGCAGCCAGCAAGUCAGAAAGGGACUGCCUGAAGUGCAACACGUUCGCUGAGCUGCAGGAGAGGCUGGACUGCAUCGACGGCAGCGAGGAGCCUAGCAGGUUUUCUUUUGAAGAACUGCCUGCUCAGUCUGGGCCAGAGCAGGCAAGCAGAGGCCCCCCGUUAAGCCAAGCAGCUGGGGCAAGCCCACUCUCUGAGUCUGAUAAGGAAGAUAAUGGGUCUGAAGGUCAGCUGACCGACAGAGAAGGCCCAGAAAUCCCAGCCUCCAAGAUGCACAGGAGUCACUCACCUGUGCCUACCACAGCACCCGCCCAUAGCCCCAGCCCAGCCUCGCCCAGGAGCAUCCCAGGCAGCAGCAGCCAGCAGAGCGCCUCUCCGCUCGUGCAGAGCCCCAGCCUCCAGAGCAGCCGGGAGAGCCUGAACUCCUGCGGCUUCGUGGAAGGCAAGCCCAGGCCCAUGGGCUCCCCCAGGCUGGGCAUCGCCAGCCUGUCCAAGACCUCGGAGUACAAGCCACCUGGCUCUCCUUCCCAGAGAUGCAAAGUCUACACCCAGAAGGGGGUCCUACCAUCUCCCGCCCCGCUGCCUUCCUCAGGCAAGGAUUCUGGCGUGGCAUCUAGUGAGUCCUUGCUGCAGCCCGAGGUGCGUACGCCCCCGGUUGGAAUGAGCCCCCAGGUUUUGAAAAAAUCCAUGUCUGCUGGGAGUGAAGGGUUCCCGGAAACUCCUGUCGAUGAUGAGCAGCAGGCAGCUACUCCUCCAGAGUCCAAGAAGGAGAUCCUGAGCACCACGAUGGUGACGGUGCAGCAGCCGCUGGAGCUGAACGGUGAGGACGAGCUGGUGUUCACGCUGGUGGAGGAGCUGACCAUCAGCGGGGUCCUGGACAGCGGCCGCCCCGCCAGCAUCAUCAGCUUCAACAGCGACUGCUCUGUGCAGGCCCUGGCCUCGGGCUCGCGGCCCGUCAGCAUCAUCAGCAGCAUCAGCGAGGACCUGGAGUGCUACUCCGGCAUGGCCCCCGUCUCCGAGGUCAGCAUCACACAGUUCUUGCCCCUCCCGAAGAUGAGCCUGGAUGAGAAGGCCCAGGAGGCAGGGAGCAGACGCUCUUCCAUCAGCUCCUGGCUGAGCGAGAUGAGUGCGGGCAGUGAGGGGGAGCAGUCGUGCCACAGUUUCAUAGCCCAGACGUGUUUUGGGCACGGGGAGGCAAUGGCAGAACCCGCGUCCUCGGAGUUCGUCAGCAGCAUCCAGAACACCGCUGUGGUGUGCAGAGAGAAGCCCAAGGCCAGCCCCGACAACCUGCUCAUCCCGUCUGAGAUGGGAGAUGACUCUUUCAACAAAGCAACCCUCAUCAAAGGCUGCAAAAUAUCCACCCUGGGCAAGGCCAUGGUCACCAUCUCCAACACGGCGAAUCUGAGCAGCUGCGAGGGGUACAUCCCCAUGAAGACCAACAUCACGGUUUACCCCUGCAUUGCCGUGAGUCCCCGGAACGUCCAAGAGCCCGAGGCCCCCACUGCCACCCCCAAAGCAGGCCCCGCAUUAGCCCAGUCCCAGGAGAGUAAGGAAAACAGUAGCAAGAAAGAGAUGACAUUUGAGGACCCCUGGCUGAAACGAGAAGAGGAAGUAAAAAAGGAGAAUGCUCAUCCCAGCGAAGAAGGGAUUACGUGUGAGACUGCCACGGGCCCCUCGAACGCAGAGACCAGAGCUGAGCAGGAGCAGGAGAGAAAGCCCAGCCCGGGCGACAGGCUCAGCAGCGGCAGCGGGGAGGUGUCGGCCUCCCCCGUCACUGACAACUUCAGGAGGGUGGUGGACGGGUGUGAGAUGGCUCUGCCUGGUUUGACCACCCAGAGCCCCAUGCAUCCCAACAAAAGCCUCAAGUCCAGCAGCCUUCCCAGGGCGUUUCAGAAGGCCAGCCGGCAGGAGGAGCCCGACAGCCUCUUCUAUUACUGCGCUGCUGAGACCAACGGGGUGGGUGCAGCCUCGGGCACCCAGCCCUCCAAGGCUACCCUGGAGAGGAAGGUGGCUUCCCCCAAGCACUGUGUCCUGGCUCGGCCCAAAGGGACUCCCCCUUUGCCCCCUGUCCGGAAGUCCAGCCUGGACCAGAAGAACCGGGCCAGCCCUCAGCACAGUGCCAGCAGCAGCGGCACCAGCAGCCCCCUGAACCAACCAGCCGCCUUCCUGGCGGGCCUCCCAGAUGAGCCUAGCAGCAAGACGAAGGACGCCAGCAGCAGCAGCAGGCUCUUCAGUGCCAAGCUGGAGCAGCUGGCCAGCAGAACCAACUCCCUGGGCAGGGCGACGGUCAGCCACUACGAAUGCCUCUCCCUGGAGCGGGCCGAGAGCCUGUCCUCCGUGAGCUCCCGGCUGCACGCGGGCAAGGACAGCACCAUGCCCCGCGCGGGGAGGAGCCUGGGCCGCAGCGCGGGGACCUCGCCCCCCAGCUCCGGGGCCUCCCCCAAGGCCAGCCAGUCCAAGAUCUCCGCCGUGAGCAAACUCCUCCUGACCAGCCCCAAGGCGCGCAGCCUGGCCACCUCCACCACCAAAACCCUCAGCUUCUCUACCAAGUCCCUGCCGCAGGCGGUGGGCCAGAGCUCCGGCCAGCCCCCCGGCGGGAAGCACAUGUCCUGGUCCACGCAGUCCCUGAGCAGGACCCGCAGCUCAGGCCUGGCCUCCAAGCUUCCCCUGCGGGCCGUCAAUGGGCGCAUCUCGGAGCUGCUCCAGGGCAGCGCGGGCGCGCGGGGCUUGCAGCUGCGGGCCGGGGCCGGGCCCGAGGCCGAGGAGCGCGGGGGUACCCUGGCUGAGGACAAGCCCGCGGCCGCGCACCUGCUCCCGUCGCCCUACAGCAAGAUCACGCCCCCGCGGAGGCCCCACCGCUGCAGCAGCGGCCACGGCAGCGACAACAGCAGCGUGCUGAGCGGGGAGCUCCCGCCGGCCAUGGGGAAGACGGCGCUGUUCUACCACAGCGGCGGCAGCAGCGGCUACGAGAGCAUGAUGCGGGACAGCGAGGCCACCGGCAGCGCGUCCUCGGCGCAGGACUCCACGAGCGAGAACAGCAGCUCCGUGGGCGGCAGGUGCCGGAGCCUCAAGGCUCCGAAGAAACGUUCCAAUCCAGGGUCUCAGAGACGGAGGCUUAUCCCAGCACUAUCCCUGGACACCUCUUCCCCUGUGAGAAAACCCACCAACAGCACAGGCGUCCGCUGGGUGGACGGCCCCCUGCGGAGCAGCCAGCGGGGCCUUGGGGAACCCUUUGAGAUUAAAGUCUAUGAAAUCGAUGACGUGGAGCGCCUGCAGCGGCGACGAGGGGGCGCCAGCAAGGAGGUCAUGUGCUUCAACGCCAAGCUGAAAAUUCUGGAACACCGCCAGCAGAGGAUCGCCGAGGUCCGCGCCAAGUACGAGUGGCUGAUGAAGGAGCUGGAGGCGACCAAACAGUACCUGAUGCUGGAUCCCAACAAGUGGCUCAGCGAAUUUGACUUGGAGCAGGUUUGGGAGCUGGAUUCCCUGGAGUACCUGGAGGCCCUGGAGUGUGUGACGGAGCGCCUGGAGAGCCGUGUCAACUUCUGCAAGGCCCAUCUCAUGAUGAUCACCUGCUUCGACAUCACCUCCAGGCGCCGGUAG